AUGUCUGAAUCUCCAUCAGCCACUGAAACCAAGCCCGAUAUUAAGGAACCGAGUGAACACAUUAAUCUAAAAGUCAGUGACGGUUCUUCUGAAGUUUUUUUCAAGAUUAAGAGAAAGACCCCUCUGAAAAGACUUAUGGACGCUUUCUGCAAGAGACAAGGUAAGACUAGAGAAUCUAUUAGGUUUUUGGUAGACGGUCAACGUGUUUUGGAUGACAACACUCCAGAUGACUUGGACCUUGAUGAUAACGAUGUAAUUGAGGCUCAUAGAGAACAGAUCGGCGGAUCCAACUAUUAG